CCUGUUUACGUGGCUGGAAAAGUAGAGGAAUGGCUUCUAGCGAAGGAGGCAGAAAUGAGAAAGACCAAUCGACUCAUCACAAAACGUGCCCUUUUCUACUAUUGCGACCGGAAAAUCCGUGUCGACUGGAUGCUCGACUACCUUGGCAUGGUUGUGUUGGCGGCCACACAAAUCUGGUUUACCUGGGAGACGGAGGACGUUUUCAAACGGAUGAAAAUGGGCCAGCGAAGGGCCCUGAAGGACUUCAGUAAGAAGCUGAUUGACCAAAUCAACCAGAUUGUGCAAAUGGUGCGUGGGAAGGUGACGGCCAACGUGAUGAAGAAGUUGGAGACGGUACUCAUCCUCGAUGUUCACGCCAAAGACAUCAUAGAACAUUUCAUCCGAGACAGUAUCCUGAGCGCUGACGAAUUCGAAUGGGAGUCGCAGCUGCGUUUCUACUGGGUUCGCGCGCUGGACGAUGUGAAGUUGCGUCAAGUCUCGGCGGAAUUCGAGUACGGCUACGAGUAUUUUGGCAUGAACGGACGGCUGGUGAUUACCCCUCUGACCGAUAGAAUCUACCUGACCCUCACGCAGGCUCUCUCGCUCUAUCUGGGCGGGGCGCCCGCGGGUCCCGCAGGCACCGGGAAGACGGAGACGACAAAGGAUUUGGCCAAAGCUAUGGGUCUGCUCUGUGUGGUGACUAACUGCGGUGAGAGUAUGGACUACAAGGUGAGCUAUUUGAAUGUUGGGCAAGAAAUAGUGCGAACGCUUAGGGGCUCGUAA